AUGUGGUCCAAAUUCACCAAUGCCCUCAAGGGCAACAGCCAACCUGUCAAGGAGGAGCACUCACCUCAAGGUGGGGAGGUCCUUAACAAAGUCUACGAGAAGCAUCCCAACCUCUCCAUGUUCCAAGCCAAUGAAUCUGGCGUAGCAGAAUCACACACAGAUGCACCCAGCUCACCGUCUGUACAUAACAAGCGGAAUAUGUUCAAGCGGAUGUCGAGAGGUGCACCUAAAGACGACUCAGAGGCACCUCCAACUCCGUCAUCGGUAAAUCCGCCAACUGGUCUUUUAAAAAAAGUAAGAGGUCAUAACGAGUCUUAUCGUAAUGGAAAUGGUUCUCAACUUUCACUUAACGCCCUUACAGCCGAAGCAACGUCUUCAACUUCUCAAAAUAUGCCACGUCGCUCUUCCUUUGAUAUGCUCCGCCCAACCUCCCCUCGCAAUCAGGAUACCACUAGAUCUGUCAAAGAGUCUCAUCGUCGUCCAUCCAUGGACAUUUUGCGCCAAGAAGCUCCUCUUGCGCCUCAUGAUGGCCAUGGGUCAGACCCACAAGCAGAAUAUGACUUUGCUGCGCAGGGUCCAGAGAGAUUUAACUCAAAAAGAUCUAUUCUACGCGAUCCAAACACGCCCGGUACCGGACAGAACGUCCGAUUCUUCCCUCGAGAUGCAUUCAAAGUCAUAACACCAGACAAUUCUCUUAGCACAGAGCUUCAAGCAAAGCCGCAUCCACCUCUCCCCAAUGACACUCCAUUCCUAGACCGACUUGCACAGGCCAACUCUCCUGAGUCAAGUUCUCUGGCGCGCUCUUCGUCCGCUUCAAGGUCAAGGCCCACCGUAGCAGAAAUAUUUUCUCCUCUUGGUACUCCUGCCCAGGACAGCUCGGCCCCCAAUGGCGAAGCUUCCGACAUGUCCUUGUCUUUUUCGCAUCAUAUCGUAGGAGCCAACGAUCACUCCAACCUCUUCGAUGUAUCGCAACAGCUGGACAUUCCAUCUUUCCCCCCUCCUGGCCUUGGGUUUGAUGUUAACGCGCCAAUAUUUGACUCGAACUCUUUGGAUAUAUCCAGCGUCGAAACUAGCGAUUUGCUCAAGAACACGGGUCCAGAUGGCUACUCCAACCAAAUGACAUCGACCCCACCAAGACCCAAUGAUUCGAAGGGAAAAGGAAAAGAAGUCGUGUUGGAUGACUCCAUCCGUGAAAGCAUCGAAGUUGGUGCUCCGUCUCCUGAAAUUGUGGACGAAGCCGUUUUUCACGCUAGGGAAAAGUCGCCUAAAUUGCCACCACCACUUCAUGAGCGCAGUCAAUCAUUCAGUCUAGGACAUACACUAUAUUAUUCGUUGGGCAACACAGGCAGCGAUGGAAACAAAUCGUCAAUGGCUGAAAGCGAGGCUGCUUAUCCUUCCAGUGAUUUGAAACCUGACAGCCUCAACUCCUCCUCGACUGGGCCCUCACCACCAAAGAAGGCUCGCAGUCGGGCCAUGAGCGACACCGUGUUCCAGUCGAUGCUCCGUUCCUCCCCGAAAGUCAAUGCUCCAGAGGCUGACAUUAACGACGAAUCCAGUUCGGGCUUAGUCGUCUAUUCUGGUGGCGGUGGCACCUCAGAACCAGACCCCUUUAGUGUGAAUGCCAAUACCUAUUAUACUCCCCAGACCAUGAUCCCAACAACGCCUCCCAAAGGUGCCAUCAAGCAUAACAGGAAGACGUCGAAAGAAGAGAAUCUCAUCAUCUCUCUGCAGACCCAACUUUCCGUCAGCACCGAGCUCUGCGCGCAGUACGAAGCGGACCUCAAAGCACGCGACGAGCUAGUGGAACUGCUGAGCAAGAAGUUAUCCGAUGCGGAGAAGGACGACGCGCGGAAGAAGAACGCGCUGAGGUCGUGGAAGAAGAAGGUGCAGGAGCUCGAGAAGGCGUGUCGGCUGCUCGAAGAGACCGUCGAGGACUCGCGGCAGGAGAGUAUGGAACGGAGCGUGAUGGACGAGGCUAGUGGGGAGGCGUUGAGGAUGUUGCAUAGACGUAUCGCAAGUCUGGAAAGUGAGAAGCAGGAAUGGGAACGCAGAGAACAUGCGCUGAGAGAGGAAGUGGAAACGCUUGAGGUCCUCGUCAAGGAGCGCAGCGAAGAUGUGCAGAAUUUGAAGGAAAACCUUUGGAAUAGGGAUGAAAGUGAGAGGGAGCUCAAGGAGGGGAUCAGAGAGGCAAAGGAACAGAUUGAAAUGAUGGGCAACAUUAGUGUUGGCGUGUUUGAUGAGGAAGAGCUAAGAAGGCUCCUGAUGGAAAAGGAGCAGAAGACCAGCGAGGAGACGCAUCGUUUCAAGACCUUGGAGUUUGCGUUGAGGCAAGAGCUGGAGGAGUUGAAACUCAAAUGUGAGGGUCUUGAAGUGCAGAAGGCUAAUUGUGAAGAGCAGGUGGAGGACCUCAAGAAGCAACAAAAGGCGAGAGACGAAGAAUUUGCAACCCUCAAGAACGAACUUGAGGCUCAGUGGGAACACACGGAGAAAGCCACUGACAAGAUUUUGCUUCUCGAAAGGGAGAAGGUCGAACUGGCGGACGAACGCGAUGCAGCAAAGGCAGAUUUGGCGGAGUUGGAAGUCAGAAUCACCAACAUGGAGGUCGAAUGGAAUGAAAGCGAGAACAAGCGUAAUGAGCUAGAAGCCGAGCUUCAGGAGAUGUGGAAUGUUAAAGAAACGCUCGAGAAAGAUCGCGAAGAGCUCGAGGACGCCUUGCAUCAUGAGCAAAAGCAGACUGAUGAAUUGACGCAACGUUUGCAAGAACGCGAGAGUCGAAUCUCAGAGCUCGAACGGGAACAUCAGUUCGCCAAAGACAACAUCGCUCGCCUCGAAGACAACAUCCGACAGAGAAACGAAGAGAUCUCUCAAUAUACGCAGCGCGUAAUCGAGCGAGAAUCGGAGCUUGAACACCUUCGAGAAGACAUGAGCUCGUUGAAGCGCGAACACCACCGCGUCGUUAAUGAGCAAACGCGGGCCCUACAAGACGUGUCUGGCCAGCACAACGAGACUAGAUCCCAGAUCGAAGGGCUUAUCAAGGCUAAGGCAGAAGCCGAUGUUGAGAUCAAGUCUUCCAAGGAUAAAAUUACCAUCCUCAAGGAAGAGGUCGAACGGCUUAGGAGACAGGUCCACAGCUUACAACAAGAGAGUGCCGACAAGGAAGUCAGGCUCCUCCAGGCUGCGAAACAGCAUGGUCAAGACAAAGAAGACCUCGCUGGUCUUAACAUCGCUUUGGAUUCCAAACAACAAGAAUUGGAACUCAUUAAGCGUAAACUGAACGUGCGAGGUACUGCUGGCAGUACUCCAGCUCAACCAGCGAAAGCAUCUCAUCACCGUCGGGACUCUUCAAUAUUCAGCGCCACUCCAAUUUCUCGCCCACCGUCAGUUAUCUCAGAGUCUGGUACAGAUGCUGGAGGUUCGACAAUCAAGAAGAAGAGUUCCGCAGAAACGCCAAUGUUAAACUCGACCAAGAUCACUGCCCUCGGUAAAAGUACGCGUAUCAACGCAAGCGGAGCCUCCUCUGCCUCUUCAACAACCUCUAAGACUGCCAUACGUGCUGGAGUCGAUGGGUCAAUGGGUCCGCCACCUCUCAAGUCGCGUCCGUCUAUCAAUGGAACGCCGACACCCAGUGGCCGCUUGUCAUCGUUGUCGCGCUCGUCCUCGGUAAAGGCAGGCGCAGCGCCAGCGGCGCCUACGCACACACCCCAUCGCCGCUUGUCUUCUGUUAACUCUGAUUCUGGGUCAGGCAAAUCGAAGAUCGGAAAGGGGGGUCUGACUAGUCCUACGUCGUCUGUUGCCGAGCAAGAUGAAAAGGAGAAUGUCGAUUCUACCCCGUCUUCGGCCAGGAUACGGAGCAUGAUACCCACUGCCAUUUCCACUCCUCGCUUGCCGCGCAAAGUUACUGCUUUCGUUGUUGUCCAAAUGUUUUCUCUGUAA